AAUGUCUUUGGUCUGUGGGAGAAAACUGGAACACCCCGAGGAAACUCAUUAGGACACAAGGAGAACAGUCAAACUCCAAACUCUCUUGCUGUGGAAAUAGACAUAAAAAAGCAGUCACUGGAAUGUGAGUACAUGUUACCCGUUGCAGCAGCUGGAGGCUAGCGGUUGGAAACGAUCUUAGCGACGAUUAAGCCACGCCUCCCUACCCCCAUCACUCGGGAAAGUGAUGUCUGGAAGCGUCCGACAUGCUCCCACACAAUGGAGGUGGAGGGGGGCCAUGCUCUCAAGGCAGUGGUUAAUACGAUUAGUCAGGCAGGCUGGCCUGCGUCAGUGCACAGGGGUCAAUCGCACGGAUUACCUCGCCGGCUCAGCACCUAGACAGCUGUGGCAUUCACUUUAAUUUUUUGCGCUUGUUUUUUUUGAGAACCUGCCUUUUUUCGAGAAGAUUAGAGAGUCUGGCUGGCCCAAAUUUCCGAAGCAAUUCCCGUUUUUCAUCCUGGAAAUCUCCCCACACUGCUGCAAAGUUCCACAAAGGCAGUUAUUCACCUGGGGUCCAUCUAACCCACCUGGAAAUGGGAUUUCCCCCAUUCAAGCCUUGGCGCCUGGAUUGAGCUUGACCUGGAAGAAGCCUUCUGCUCCCCUCGCUCACAGCACAGCCCCCUCAUCCCCUUCCCUGGAUCCCCCGCUCCAUCGACCGUGACCCAGGUGAGGGCUUCUUGUAUUCCGGAAAGGAGCCCCCAUGCCCCUCUUAAACAACAAGGUGGCCAAUGAUGAGAACAUCGGCUUAUCCAAACCUGUGGAGGAGGUGAAGGCCCUUGUAGAUGCACUCGGCAAGGUGGUGGCGUGCUACCGGCACCUGGCCUCAUGCGUGGGGGGGAGUACAGAUGGCGCGCACCUACGGGAUGAACUGCGGCGCACGCGGGAACGAGCUCAAGAGCUGGCUCUGGCCAACCGGCAACACCUGACCACCAGCCUGCGGGACAAGACCCUGCCCAAGGAAGAGCGGCAGGAGAUGGAGUACCUGUGGGUGGCGUUCUCCUCCAGCCUGGAGCUCCUGCAUGCCGACAUGUGCAAGGUCUUCGACAUGGGCCAAAGCUUCUCUCUGUCCAACAAGGCCACCGCCUUUGUGCAAACCGGCAUUCAAGGGAAGACCACAGAGGUGGCUGCCCGGGCCUUGAGCCUGCCAGACCUGAACCACGAUGAGACCCCGUCUAGCGUGGACCGGCUGGAGCAAAGUGCUCUGGAGGUGGAGAUUGCCCGGGUGGACCAGAUGAUUGAGGACAUGGAGCUGAAGGUUAACGUGCUGCGCUGGACGGUGGAGGCCCGGGGCCCCCAGUACGCUGACCCCGUCAGCACUGACAGUGCCUCUCUGGCCCUGCUCGCCAUGGACGAGGAAGAGCCGGACCGCUGCUGCGACCGCAGCCAAAUUUUUGUGUCCAUGAUGCUGUGUGGGGUAGCCAUCCUAGCUGUUGUGUUGUCCGUCUGUGUGGUUUUCUUAGCAUGAGUCUUCGUUGGAAAGUACUUGCUCACACUUUUAUCUGUGGGAAUUACACUGUAUUUGCAUAUUUCUACUCCUCUGUUUUGGGAUCAAGAUGGGUUCUAAAGUGGUGUUUGGGAGUUACAGUUUGAUGUGACAGCACCUACCUUAUUGUCAAAAAAUGAUUUGGAGGACUGUUUGUCAGAAUCAAACAAAAUCUAUGGUGAAAGGUUAACAAUGCAAUUUAAUUUUUUUUUAAUGCUUGCAUGGAUUCUUUCCUAAUUAAUUAUGAACAUCUCACAAAAUGUAAUAGUGCACACAAGUUUAUCAAAUGAACCUUAUGUCUGGGUACAUGUCUGACUGCACAAA